CGCAUCCAUCGCCCCGCCGCGAUCACUCACUGUAAUAUGAAAGUUCCGCCGAGCGGGAUGUGCCUGUAUUUCCCUGUGCUCAUCUGCUGCUGGUUCUCCUCGAGGGUCCACGCGUCUUGGUGGUACAUGGGCUCGCUCGGCUCCCAGGUCAUGUGCGACAACAUCCCCGGCCUGGUCAACAGGCAGCGGCAGCUGUGCCGCCAGCAUCCCGAGGUGAUGCAGGCGAUCGGGGUGGGAAUCAAAGACUGGCUCGGAGAGUGUAAACACCAGUUCGCGAAGCAGCGCUGGAACUGCAGCACGGCGCCCAGGGACCACACGCUCUUCGGCAGGCUGCUGCUCCGCGGGAGCCGCGAGGCCGCAUUUGUCUACGCCAUCUCCUCCGCCGGCAUGGUGCACGCGCUCACCAGGGCCUGUAGCCAGGGUCUACUGGACACCUGCUCCUGUGACCCGACCAAGAAAGGCACGUCACAGGACGCCAAGGGAGCCUUCGACUGGGGUGGCUGCAGUGACGACGUGGACUACGCCAUCAGGUUCACCCAGGCCUUUGUCGACGCCAAGGAGCGGAAGGAGCGGGACACCCGGGCGCUCAUGAACCUUCACAACAACCGGGUGGGCAGGAAGGCCGUGAAGCGCUUCAUGAACCUGGAGUGCAAGUGCCACGGGGUGAGCGGCUCCUGCACGGUGCGGACCUGCUGGCUGGCUGCCGCCGAAUUCCGCCAGACGGGCGACUACUUGCGCAAGAAGUACAACGGCGCCGUCCAAGUGGUCAUGAACCAGUACGGCACCAAAUUUACUUGCGCCCACAACAUCUUCAAGAAGCCCACCAAGAAUGACCUGGUGUACAUUGAAGAAUCUCCUGACUACUGCAUCAGGGAUCAUGAGUCUGGAUCGGUGGGCACAGGCGGCCGGGUGUGCAACAGAACGUCGAGGGGCACGGACAGCUGCGAGGUGAUGUGCUGCGGGCGGGGCUACGAUACGUCCCGGGUGAGCCGCACGUCCAAGUGCGAGUGCAAGUUCCACUGGUGCUGUGCCGUGCACUGCAAGGACUGCCACGAGGAGGUGGACGUGCACACCUGUAAGUUCCAGGAAAGCGGCGCACACCUGUGA